UAGGCUGGCUGCUUCUCAGAGCCACACUUGCCACCGAGCCAUGAUUUUCGGAGAGCCUGGUGUCGAUCCGCGCAUCCGGCCCCUCUACCCAUUCCCAGAUGACUGCGACCUGCCAUGGCCGAGCACCUAUCACAGUUAUCAGCCCCACUUGGGCUUCAGGCGCUUGCCAUAUCGAGGCAUUCCCAGUCUCGAGCCAGAUCUCUGUCACUCCUGGGUGCCUGACGCAGAGCUACAUGCCUUUGCAUUUGUCGUUCCAGGCAAUGACCACACCUCUGUCGUGCCAGAGGAUUGGAACGGUUGGCUCCCUCCACAUCCAGAAGAGCAGCAACGUGCCGCCACAGCAAAUUCAAAGACCGGCAGGCCCAAAAAGAAACGAGCACCACAAGCAGCAAAGAUCAGCGAGGAGGUGGCAAGGAGAAUGCAGUCGCAGCUUCAGUCGGCAACCCGCGGUGUUUCAUUGCGGAAGAUUUUUGGAAAGUAUGACACAGAUCGCAAUGGCACUCUAACUUCGACUGAGUUGAAGAAGCUUAUCCGGAAGGAGUUGCGGAUUAGCACUGCUGUGAUCAGCGACGUCGAUGUUGAAAAUCUGGCAGCUGCACUAGAUGGUGACCGCACUGGCAACAUCUCCGUGGAAGAGCUCUUGUCCUUCAUUGAAAGAGGGAGCGCUACGUUCUUUUCAACAGCUCCAACGAAGGAAUCCUCCCCGGAUGAUGACACCAAGGAGGAAGUCCCAAAAUCUCGAGACAGUGACCGGGAUGAUGAUGACGACACGGAUGCGUCCGAGAAAAAGGCUCCAGUUGGUACAGUACAUCGCCCAUCGUCAAAGACGAUUUUGGCCAGCACAAGACAAAACAGAUUCAUUUUUCGUCCGUUGACUCCACCUCUGGGAGGUAGCCUCAUCACUCUGACUGCUACGCGGAAGACACUGCGGGCUCGCAAAGCGAGCAUGGUCGGAACAAGGGCAAAGGACCCCGAGGGAAAGACUGAGGCACACCCUCCAGCGGCUCUGGCAAGUUUCGAAGGUACACAGACACAUCCCCGUGAUCAGACUUGCACGCAAACGAGAAGUGUUCAGACAUCAAAUGGAUCAGACGAUAUAUGCGCAGAGUCGGUUUCAAGUUCCAACUUUAGUCUUCUCGAAAACUGCACAUGCAAGCCAAAGACACUGGUGAAGACUCAGCACUUGAAGAUCUGGCAGAACUUACUCAAUGUAUGGAAGUGAAACGAAACCAAGCCUGAGCAAAAUCAAAAAAACUGCCUGUCAUUUCCGGAUGAAUAGCUUACUUGCCAGGAUGAACCUGAAACUGGCGAGGCCAAAGCAGACCCAGCAGGCACAAGUAAUGCUGACUUUUCAUUGACUUUGCUCCAUGCAAUGUAUUAACUGUCAUGUGAGUCAUGUGUGUUUCUCAGGAAGUGCAUACUGGUUGCGACGCUCCCAGCUGCAAGGAAGACAGGGAAGUUGAUGCUUCUAGCGCGUAUUCGGAAAGUUGAUCAGACAGGCAAUCGAAGUAGACCAGGGCAGAAGGCCCGUGCCAAUGCAGAGCGGCAUGCUUUCAGCUCACGAAAAGAUUUUCAUAGAAAACUUCCGUUCAAUGCAAAGAUAUGCAAAGUUAGAGUCAGUGCACACUUGUUUGAGCCGAAUGAGAUUGAGGCGCGGUUCGCGGGCCAAAGGUAGACUCCAGCUGCCGCAACGGACUCGAGUUAAACGCCUGCCGUCAGUGAAGACUUCAAAUCCCUUAGCACGACCUGUCCAUAGAUAGUGCAAAAAGUUGUAUCAAAA